AUGGCCGCCGCCAUCACCAGCUGGGUGCUCAAUCCAAUCCAAUCUUUGACAAUGUCUCGACGGCGUACUCGCGAGUUAUGGUGCGCUUUAUCCGAUGAUCUUCAGAAGUCAUUUCCUAUGGAAUGUGUUGCAGGCAAAGAUAAUAUCAACACUCUCAAAAAGAAGAUCUGGGAAGAGAUAAAAGAAGAAUCCAAGAAUACAGCAGCCCGCAACCUCAAGCUCUACAGCCCUGUUGUGCAACUCAAUUAUGAAGAGGAGUUUGACGUGAAAAAUGGUGAAUUCCUACAUCCACGCCGAAUGAUCACGUCCAACCCACUCUUCCCUGAAAGCAAGGAUCCAAAUGUGGAUAUCGUUGUUGUUGUGAGCGGAGGUGCCACUCCACAGAAACGGAAGUGCUCGGAAUCACAAAAUGCAAAUAUACCUCGGACACAACCCAUCACAAAGGAUCCACAUGUAUGUCCUCGAGAGCGUACGGUGUCAAGACUCGCGGCCAUUUUGGAUGAAGUGAAUAUAGUCCAUGUGCGUGGAACUCCAGCCAGUGGGAAAACAUAUCUCUCUGAGCUUCUGAGGGACCACUAUCACAAAGAGGGAAGAAAGGCUUUCUUGAUCAAGAAAUGGGAAGAUCUUGAUUCUGAGGAUCCUUGGGGCAGUCUUAUUGAGCUUGUCAAAAAAAGGAAUAAAGUACUAAAAGAUGACCCCAUCACUACUUUCAAUGUGACUUCAUCACAAUGCAAACAGGACCUCUCUUGGAUUUUGACAUCAAACACUGUGAUCCUUGUGGAUGAGGCACAAGGGACCUACCAUGAUGAUGUGCUCUGGAACACAAUCCUCAAAAAAAGACAGUCGUCUUUUCUUGGUUAUAAUUUUCGACUAUGUCUUUUCUGCUCUUACGGCAGUCCGGAAGCAGGCCCAGAUCAAACAUUCUUCACUCCAGUCAGGCUUUCUAACCAACAAUGCAUCUCAUUGACGCCGCAAAGCCAGCAAGACUCACCACCUAUUGGUUUAUUUUAUGACAAAGAAGAGUUCAAGGAUGUUGUUGCACGAUCAAUUCCAAAUGAACAUCAAGAAAAGUUCACUUUUGAUGAAGGUGCCCAGGACUACUUACCUGCAUUCACUUAUGAUGAAAGUGCUCAGGACUACAUAUUUGCAUUAUCAAAUGGCCAUCCAGGAGCAGUUGAAUCCAUACUCAGCGCACUCUUCCAGGCCUAUCGCCAUGACAUCAAGUAUGAACAUAUUAGGACCUUGACAGAAGAUCAUGUCAUCCAGUUCCUGGAAGACACUGCUGCAGUCUUCCGAAAACUAAGUACGCAGCCAGUUAAUCGCUCUUUUCCAACUAUAUCAGAAGCUACUGGUGGGAUUUCAGACGUGUUGAACAAAAUUACAGAGGAAGGAAGUAUUCCAUUUGAUAUCAAUGAUGCAAUCAUCAGACACUGUUAUCAGAAAGGUUGGAUUCAUAGAGUAGCUCUGGGUGGUCGUGAUAUUGCAGUUCUGCCAUCACGCUUACAUGAAAAAUACAUUGAAUAUUCAAUUGGCACAAUGUCACAGCCCCUGCCUGCCAGAUUUGACUCACUACCAAAAUUAUGCAAGGAAAUCCUCAGCAAAUUCUCCAUCAUGAACUUAAGGCAUUCAGCUGAGGGAAAAAAAAUGUCAAGUGCAUCACAACCCAGACCUGUGGAAGCCCAAUACCAAGAUGAAUUCUACAGGGGAUUUAUCCAUGUAGCAGGGCAAGGUGUACCAAUAUCCAGUGAAUGGUCAAGGACCAAGGAUGGUCGAGUGGAUUUCUAUAUCCCUGAAAAGAAAUGGGCAGUUGACUUGUUGAGAGAUCAUAGAGAAGUUGAUGAACAUAUCUCUCGAUUCAAGUCAGGCGGAAAGUAUCAUCCCUGGCUGGAGGAGAAGAUGAUUGAGGAUUGGAUCAUAAUCAACUGUGCGACUUCUUUGCCAACCAAAGAGUUCUCUGAGCCUAAGCUGUGGCACGCUGUGUUCAUCAAUGAUUAUUCUGAAUUGCAGCUGUAUAACCAUCAAAAAGCUCUUAUGAUGUCUGUGCAUCUACAUAAUUGA